UGGGCUUGAGAUGCUGGUUGGGUUGACUCUCGCCCCUUCGCUAAACCUGACGAGAAUGAGCCUGCAUGCCAUUCCAAGUCAUUUAAACAGGUUUAGGCCACUGUGCAUGGAUUACGUUGCAAACUAGGGUGGGGCUUUUAGAUUUGAUCAGUAAACAAAAGUGUAGCCUACACAAACCCAUACGGUAUUUGGACGCCUGACCGCUUCUAUCACCACUGUCUGUUCUGUUUUGUCGAAUAUGUUUCGCUGUGGAAUUGCGUAUCCAAGAUGCAGGUGGAUCGUACCACUUCUUUUGCUUUUUGCGAUUAUAUUUGACAUUAUUGCAAUCGCUGCUACUUCGGGGUGGGUUGAGGACAAGGACGCAAAGUCCCACUACGCAAGUAUGUGGAGUCAAUGCCGUGGUCGGAAUGACAACUGGGAAUGCAAAUCUCUCAUGGAAUUCUCUUGGGCCCAGGCUGUGGCAGCUCUUAUGAUCAUCGGCCUCAUCAUCCUUAUCAUAGCCUUCAUCAUCUCCUGUAUCGCUCUCUGCUGCACCCUCAACAUCAGCCUUCUGCCUGUCAUUGGGGUCCUGCUCUUCAUCACUGUGGUCCUUCAGUUCAUUGGCCUCAUCAUCUACCCAGUCAGGUUCAAUGACCUGAUCUUCGAGGGCCACUACGAAUACACCUGGGCCUACGGUUUCGGUUGGGGGGCCACCAUCCUCUGCAUCGGCUGUGGGAUCCUCUUCUGCUGCCUGCCUCGCUACGAGGAUGAGCUCACGGGCCUCGCCAAGACCAAAUACAUCUAUACCUCAGCUUAGAGGAACCACGGACACCCCCAGGCUACAUCUCAAUAGUCUGAAGUGACUUCCUUCCCUUUAUCUUCUUUUUCCCUUCUCAUCUCCUUCUCUUCUCUUCAUCUCCUUCCCUUUAUUUGCACUGAGGAAAACAAAACAGGACUGUGAAAGCAAUAUAAUAGUCAUCUACCAAGAAUUUACUUUCACCUGCUCAGGUUCUUUCAUAUCAGCCAGAUAAAGGAAAGGAAGCCCACUUUAGACUAUUGAGAUGCAGCCCCAGGCGAACAGAAGCACCUCUGCCACCACAGAGGACACUGACACUUAGACAUAUCAUUGGAGGUCACUUUUGUCAUUUCUAACAACGCUGAAUGCCCUCUCCGUUGGAAGGAUCCCAUAGAUGUGCCCUAUUUCCGCCCCUAUACUGAUCCCCAUAUUGAUUUGAGUGGUCCACAUGUUACCAAAGGAGGUUGCCAGGUAUGGCUUUUCCAGUGGCCUUUUUUCUAUCACCUUCAAUGUUUUUCCACAUUUGAUGUUUGUGUAGAGUAGUUGAAGUGACUCGGAAGCAAUAUGGCAGAUUAUACAUGAAAAAUUAGCAUAAACCGCCAUAAUCUUAUCCUUAAAUUAGUUGAAUGCAAAAUCACAGAAGUGCACUUAAUAUCAACGGUAAGGACUCCAUCCAAGAGUUGAUGGAUAAUGUCAAGUGUUCUAACCAGCUGAGUUAGAGGGUGUAUGCCCUACACACAAAGAUCAUGUAUUUGACUGCAGGAUUGUUGAGGUUUUAAGAUGUCGCUUUUCAAAAAUGUAUUCACUUUAAUCCUAAUUUUAAUGGUUCAGGUCAUUUCCUGGCUAAACUGAAUUGUAAGUACAGUAGGGAAAAUGUAAACAUGAAUGUAUACUGUGCAUGGUGCAAGGAAAGAGGAAAGUGUUGAUUUGCUUUUAUUCGAUUAUUUUAAGAAUUCUGUUUCUAGUCAUUGUAUUAUGCAACACACAGCCGUGUUUUAAGAUUUUCUGUUCUUUUUUUACAUUUAAGUUUUCUUACUCCAACAAGGACAAUGCUCUUGAUUGCCUAUGAAUGGGUAUUGCUGGACCGUGUUCUUGAUUGGGUAUUGCUGGACAUUGUUCUUGAUUUUCCUAUGAAUGGGUAUUGCUGGAUUGUAUUGUUGUGAAAACUAAAACAAAUAAAGGAGAAAUACACAUUUGGCCUGGAUUCAAUCUGUAGAUUGUGGAUUCAAUCACCUAUAAAUUUAAACCGCGCUAUAACGCUGAUAUUCGGCACUGCAGAUUGAAUGUCCAUUCCAUGUGCUGAUAAUGGUAACCAACAUGAAGCACCCAAAUACAGACUUUUAGAUAUACAGUUCAUUCAGCAUUUGACUUAUAAAUGCUUAGAGAAGACAAUGUAGCGUCUUUCAACAGCAUCAGGUGAUGAGUCUGCAAAAGAAGACUAGUGUCAUGUCAUACUCGGACGUGCCUUCAUUUUUCAGAAUUGCAAAAUGUGUGGUUGACAAUGAAGGGGACAUUCUAUGGACUCAACUCAAGUCAUAUUUCAGUUGGAAUGGAAAAUGUCAUAUCAAUAUUCUGGUGAUAAUCUUUUGGGUUUAUUUAGUCCUUUUAAAUAUAUAACUUUCAGCAGUGUCUUUUUAUGCAAUAAAGAGUUGUUUUUUCAUCAA